AUGCUGAGCCCCAAGAUGCAGAGAUCCGUGCGAGUGAAUGAGAACCAAGUGAUUAUGCUCUCCGAGCGAGCAUCGUACGAUCACUCAAUGCAUGGUUAUCUGCACAAAAGGACAGCUGAUAGCAACAAGUGGCAGCUCAGAUGGUUCAUCCUCUACCAAAAUCUCCUCUUCUACUAUGAGAACGAGGGCUCAGGCAGGCCGUCAGGCCUCAUCUUCCUGGAAGGAUGCUACUGCGAGCGCCUCGUCUCGGCUCCAUCCGGCCUGAGUGCUCCUGCGGGCGCUGCCACGACCACCAGCAGUCCGGGCUCCAAGUCCAGCAAAGAGGAGAAGCUCCAGCACUGCUUUUCCAUCCAGUAUCGGCGCGAGAAUCAGCGGCAAUAUGACUUGCGAGCCGCAUCUGAGUCUGAGGUCUCGGCAUGGAUUGUGGCCAUCAGAGAAGCGAGUUUCAAUAAGUUGCUGCUGCAGAAGGAGGAGCUGGAGCAGAAGCACGUUCACCUGCUUCAGGUGGUGGAGAGCGAGAAGACGGCAAAGUGGCAGUACACGCAGCAGUGCGAGGAGUUGGCAUCUGAGAUAAAAAAGCUCCGCGCCGAGAUCUGCACACUGCGUAAGGAGUGCCGCACCUCCGUGUCAGCCACCCCAGUUGGUCGUGGAAGCUUCAGCGCCGGCUGCGAAGCACCCGACGAGCACCCCACCCUCACGGGCCUGUGCGCCCAGGUGCAGGACUCCGUGGAGCUGCGGAAGAUAAAGAAGGUGCAAAGCUUCUUCCGUGGAUGGCUCUGUCGCCGACGAUGGAAGCAAAUUGUGGAGGAGUACAUUAAAUCGCCGCACGCGGAGAGCAUGAGGAAGAGGAACAGCCUCGUCUUCUCCAUGGUCGAGGCCGAGGAGGAAUAUAUGGAACAAUUGGAAGUCCUCGUCUCCUGCUUCCUGCGUCCCUUCAAGAUGGCAGCCAGCUCCAAAAGACCGCCGUGCUCUCACGAAGAUGUCAAUUCCAUCUUCCUGAACUCUGAGACGGUCCUUUUCCUCCACCAGAUCUUCCUCAAAGGACUCACAUCGCGUCUGGAAUCCUGGCCAACACUUGUUCUCGGAGACCUCUUCGACAUGCUCCUGCCGAUGCUGAGCAUCUAUCAGGAGUACGUCCGGAACCAUCACUACUCCCUGCAAGUGUUGACCGAGUGCAAGAGCAAUCCGGCCUUCGCCACCGUCCUCAAGCGUCUGGAGGCGAAGCCAGUGUGCCAAGGACGGAGUCUCGAGACAUUCCUCACAUAUCCCAUGCACCAGAUUCCGCGCUACAUCAUCACGCUGCACGAGCUUCUGGCCCACACGCCGCACGACCACGUGGAGCGGAAAAGUCUGCAGAAUGCGCGGCAGCAGCUCGAGGACCUGUCGCGGCAGAUGCACGACGAGGUGUCCGAGACGGAGAACCUGCGCAAGAACCUCGCCGUGGAGCGAAUGAUUGUGGAGGGUUGUGAUAUUCUCUUGGACGUGAACCAGGUUUUUGUGCGACAGGGCAGCUUAGUCCAAGUGCCGCCGGGCCGAGGAAGGAUUCGGUCACGACUGGCGUCGUUCAAGAGUGAACGAGAAGCGGUAAGGCAGUGUUUCCUGUUCUCCAAUCACAUGAUUAUUGCCACUAGGACGUCCGGCGGGCGGCUCCAUCUGCUGCAGGACGUGGGGAAGAUUCCCCUGGCAGACGCCACCCUGGUCGAGGAUCCCAGUGACUCUGAGCGUGAGGACGAAGGCGACGCAUCCGUGUGCUCGGCCUCCAAUCAGGGCAGCUGCCUCAGUGUCAAUGACUCCGUGAAUGCAUCACACCGCGAUUUUAAGUUAAUUGUGGAGAACAAGACGGGCCUGCGCCACUGUAUCCACCUCGUGGCGCCGACAGUUCAGGACAAGGAGGCAUGGAUCAGCGACAUCUCGCAGUGCCUCGACAAUAUUCACAUGCACUCAAUGCUGUCGCCCGGUCUCGGCGGAUCCAUUGGAGGAUCGCUAGCUGCCCACCACGCUCUGCGGGCGGAUCCUCGCCUCUUCAAAGACGACGUCGAUAUCCGCUUCUCGCGCACGCUUAACUCUUGUAAGCUGCCCCAAGUGCGCUAUGCCACACCCGAGAGACUGCUGCAGCGUCUCACGGAUCUCAGAUUCCUCUCCAUUGACUUCCUCAACACUUUCCUGCUGACCUAUCGGGUCUUCACGGACGGUGAGACGGUGCUAAAUGCCCUCAAGAAGGUCUUCUACGACCCGCCCACCGAUCCGCAGUGCGACUGCGAGCCCCAGACAGAUUUCCUGGACAUCCCGGGCGCCUAUGAUGGCAGAGUAUCGCCACGGCGCACCUCGGGAGCCUCUUCCGUGUCCGGAUACUGCUCAGAGGGCGCGGACAGAGAUCGCUCGAUGAGCGGAGACUCGGCAGGACUGCGUCUCAAGGGCUCUCGCAGGAUGCUGCAGCAGCAAUCCACCCAGGAGGAGGGGCUCUCGUGGAUCCCCGAGGCCAGUGGCCCAGUCAUUGUGCACGAGCAAGAGAUGGAAGCAGCCGCAGCCGAGGCAGAGCCUCUGCCGCCGCCUCCACCGCCCGAGGAGAGUGCAAAUGUGACAAAUACCCAAGACGACGCCUUCCUGGCCAUACCACAAACCAUCGCCGCGUCCAGCAGCGCGGACACAAUCACCGAGACCACCGUUCUCAGCGGUCCUUCCUCCCCGUCGAACCUCAGCUCUGUGACCCUGGUGGGCUCCACGGGAUCCGGCGGUCAGGAGAAGACCGACGUGACGCCCACCGAGGGAAAUGUGCAGUUCAAAUACGGCAAGGCGCCGACGAGUCCUCUUCCCGAGAGGGUCAACAAGCGCAAAUUGAGUCAACAACGAGAGCGAGAGCCGAGCACAACAGCCUCCGAUGCAAUUCCUGUCAUCUCUCCACCCACCGUCACCACGACGCCCUGCAUCUCCACCCAGGCGUCCCACGAGGAGGUGCCGCGGAGCAAGGGCAGCUUCUCCGGCGCAGCGGGCGGCGGCCUGAAGGUGAAUCUCCUAAUGGACCGGAGACCCAGCGCCGGGGCGAACGUCAUCCCUCAGGCUGCCCUGUGUCAGCAUCGCUACAGUCUGCAGCUCAAUGGAGAUGGAGGAAUUUAUCGCGUAAGUGCUCCGCAUCAAUCUCAAGAGCGGCCCAUUAAUUGCGAUGGAUUGCAGGGCGAGAGAUCCAGUCCACGGAUGAUACAUCGAGUGCCCAAGACGCCUGAGAAGCAGAAGAAGAGCUUCUUUGGCACGCCUCAGCGAGAGCCUCCAAGGCGCUUCUCGGAGAGCGACGAUGACGCCUCGGCUUCCCUCUACACCACCCCCAGAGGAUCCUUGGGCGGAGCUUCCCUGGGCACGAUUUCCUCCAGAGCCUCAAUGCAGCACGAGCCCGUUGUCCACUGCUCCAGCAAGGCAGGCGUCGUGAUCACGUCGUAUCGUCCAUCGAAGCGCAGUAUGGGACCUGAUCCUCUUUGGAGCAGCACAUCGACGGCCGCGGCCGCUUUUGCCAUCGCCAUUUCCGGCUCCAGCAAUCCACGAGAUGAGCCUCCAGAAGUCGAGGCGCGAAAUCGCAAAGAGUCCGUCGUGAGUUCUCCGGCAACGAUGCGAGUUCUGAAUGUUCUCAGACAUUGGGUGUCGAAGCACUUCCAGGACUUCGAGCAGGACGCAGCGCUGCGCUCGCAGACUAUCGCCUUCCUGGACGACAUCACGUGCAGCCCGAAUCUCUUGCCGACGGAGCACAGAGCGGCGUCUCAAUUGCUGCGGCUUCUCUGUCGCGAGGACAUCGACUGCGGAAGGAAGCACCUCGAGACGCUCCUCACGCCGCCUCUGUCGCCCAGCAAGGAGAGCAUUGAGACUCUGUCGGCGCUGGAAAUCGCCGAACAGAUGACUUACCUGGAUCAUCAGAUCUUCCUGGCCAUCCGGAGCGAGGAAUUCCUCGGCCAGGCUUGGAUGAAGGCAGACAAGAAAUCCCGGGCGGAACACAUUAUCCAGAUGACGAAGAGGUUCAACGAUGGCUCGCGUUUGGUGUCAUCAGAAAUCAUAUCGAGAAGUAGCAUGGCAGCUCGAGUGGCAGCAAUUGAAAAGUGGACUGCUGUUGCUGAUAUCUGUCGUUGUCUGCACAAUUUCAAUGGUGUUUUGCAAAUCUGUGCAGCUUUCACCAACGCAGCGGUCUUUCGUCUCAAGAAGACGUGGGACAAAGUGCCAAAGACUAUCAAGCAGACGAACAUCAAACUGCAAGCUGUUGUCUGCUCGGAUGGACGCUUUCGGGCCAUGCGAGAAGUUUUGCAUCGAUGCGAUCCGCCGUGCAUUCCGUAUCUCGGCAUGUAUCUCACGGACUUGUCCUUCAUCGAGGAGGGCACGCCGGACUUCACGCCCGACGGUCUCUUAAACUUCUCCAAGAUGCGAAUGAUUGCACACGUCAUUCGGGAGAUUCGCCACUUCCAGCAAACGCCCUACAAGAUAGACCACAUCCCCAAAGUGACCAACUAUCUGCUGGACACAUCACUGCUGCUGGACGACGACGAGCUCUACUCGCGCUCGCUCCAGAUCGAGCCGCGCAGCUCGCGCCUGAGCGCGCCGAACACGGCGAAUGUCUAGCUAUAGGCCACCUUUCGUGUCUGCCAAUUCGCGCGGCGAUUUGACAGGCACUCCAGGUCGCUGGACAACCCUUUCUUAUGAACACACCGGCUGGACAUGCACUCAGCUUUUUGUACAUAGAAUCACACGAAUGCACAGCGACAAGACAUGCUUUGGUUCAGUUCUUUAGCUCCUUGAUUUCAUGUAUUUUGAGAUUUUGAAGCGUCUGUGAAGCGUCUCAAUUUGCGUCAUUAUUCUAAAGAUGAUAAAAGAACUCAAAGAUAUUUUUGAUGAAAAAAACAGAAAUUGAUGAAAAUAUGAGUAUAUUUUAAAGAAUGUUUUCAACUGCGUGACUUUCACGGCAAAUGAAAAAGAAAAAAAAGUAUAUUGCAAACUUAGAGGGAAAAUGCACUCAAAGUCAGGAGAGAGAGUCUUCAUUAUAAGGAUAAAGUAUUAUGCCAUAGUUGACUUGAAUGUUAUAUUGUAUUAAGGAUUCUUUAGCAAUGAAAUGUGCUGGUUCACACUUUCAUUUAAACGUUAGACAGAAGAGCAUGAAAUUUUGAUGAAUUAAAUGAAAAGUAUUUGCUGUUGAACUAUUUGAAAUAUUUAUCGAUAAAUAAUAUAGUUACUCUGUUAAUAUUGUAUUUAAACAUAUCAUCGUAGUGAUAUACAAACUGUCUGGCAAACAAUACCACCCACUUUUCCACCCCCUUGUGAUAUUCACCCCGUAAAACUUGGACGCUGAAUGGCUCGAGAACUUUCAAAAUAACUUGCAUUCUCAAUUGUUCGUUGGAAAUUGUACAAGAAAAUGUCACGAAAGUUUGCUAAUUUUUACCUCCAGUGCAGAAAAUGGCAGAACAACUUUAAAUGAGAGUAAUAUUAAUGACAAAAGAAAUGAGAAAUUUAAUUGCUGAUCCACAGCAAAUUCAACUUUCUCGCUUUUUAACUCUCUGCUAUGCAUGAAAAGAGACUUUCUAUCAGUGGAAAAUACAAAAUAUUUCCACAUUUUCUCAGAAUAUUUGCACAGGAAAAAAUUCACAAGAUAUGCGAAGGAGAAUUCUCAGAAAAUGUGACUCUCGAAAUGUACCUCUUGAGUCACAAUUGAAGAAAAGCUCUGUGUCCUCGUAACGGUUUCAAAGUAACUGAAUGGGAUUGUAAAAUGUGUAGAGCUUUUAAGGUUAAAAGAUAAAAUAUUAACAUUUUGCUGUAUUGUCUCAUAAGCACUUUUUUUGAUCUUUGUCACACUCUUGUGGAGAAGAAACGCCAAAACUUUUGCACGGAAAUGGAAAUAUUGAAAAGCCCCGCCCCUCUAAAUGCUCCGCCCACUUUUGAAGAAAAAAAAUAUUAAAAUUCGCUGUGUUUUGUAGUUCAGCGAGGAAAUUGCUGGAAAAUCAGCAGGAUUUAUAACUUUUUGCGAUAAAAAAGCUAUUAGACAUGGGAAAUCCUCUACAAGCUCGUCUACAAGCUAAUUUACCGCGCCUUAGAACCUCGUAAAGAUACAUCAAAGGGCGUAUCCGAAGUACAAAAACACCACAAAUCAGCAUGAAUAGUAAAUUUAUUCAUGCCUUUAAGACACUGUGUAGUUUUUCACAAGAAUUCUCUUAUGAAUCCCCUCAGGAAAAAUCCAAGGAAAGCAAAAAUCUUAUUCUUCAAUUGAUUUUAAACAGAGGAUUUUUAAUAUAAUUUAAUUUCCAUGAUUAUUUCGCAUGUAUAAUAUUGAAAAUCAACUGAAAAUGACAAAUUCUAUCCUGUGAUUCAAGACUCUUGAAGGUUUCUUCUGUAUUUUCCUGUACUUUUACUAGCAAUAAAUAUCCCACAUGUUGAGAAAUUGCACAAAAUCACCUUCUUGAAAUAGAUUACAAUUUAUCAUUAAUAAACAGAUUGUUUACGAGACAAUAAACAAUCUUGCAGAUGAGUGUGUAAAUUAAAUCCCUAUUGGUCAAUUUGUAAUUGAAUAAGUGGUGUAAAUAUAAUGCAACAUAUGUUAAUAAGUAUUGAAAAAAAACUAUAAUGAUAAUCCAAUGUAGUGAAAUAAAUUAAUUAUUCUCUCUUUUGGGCGUAUAAAUAUUACAGUCAGACAAAUUAUGUGUAUGUAAAAGGUGCAAAAAAAUGUUGAAAAACUUAAUAUAAUGCAAAGCAUUUGGGUUCUCGAGCGAUCAGUGUGAAACCACACUCUUCAUCACAUUAAUUUGAGUGCGAGGCAAAUUACCAUAUUUCGAGUACAUUUGCGCUGGGGUGAAUUAAUUGAAUCUCUGAAUUGUGUGUAUGUUUGAGAUUGCAGAUGAGAAUUCAAGUAAAUUGGAAUAUUUAAUUGUUUCAAUAUCACCAUAAAUGUGUACCACAAAAAAAAACGAUGUACUUAAAAGUCGUGUUCUUUUUUCCACUGACUCUAACAAUUUAUUUUCCUGCAGUUUAGAAGAGUAAACAGAAUAAACCCAUGUUGAAAUGUACAAGAAGAGGAGCUAAUAAUGAAAUUCUAUCCACGAUCUGUUGCUUGUUGACAAAAGGAUGUUUUAUGGAAGGGAAGAAAAUUUAUGAAAGCGCGAAAAUGUUACCAAAUAAUCCACACUUGACAAUCUCUUUAAUGCAGGAUGACUAUUUAGAUGGGAUAGGAAAUUAUUUAGCACUUGAUUGAAUUUAGGUACUUUGUAAGAAAGUGAGAAGAAUGCUUGUUAUUCCUAACAACAAACAGUCUAUCAAAAUUAUCAUGAAUUUCUGAGAAAUCUACAAAAUUUUCUCAUUAAAAUAGACAUUAAGAAUGUUGAGAAUCUUCCAAUCUAAUUAAAUCAAUUAAUAAUGUACAAUUCCAAGUCUGGAAAGUGUCUGAUAUUCCUCACCGGAAAAACCCAGGUGGCAAAGUGACAAUGGAAAUACUUACAGCAGAAGAUAUAUAAAUAAUGUAAUGCAGAAGUAAUAUGAAAUAUAAUGAUGAAAUUGUA